AUGAGUGGAGGAGAGGGCGAAAAUCGAGGCGAGGUGGUUACGGCUCGUUACGCAGCCAAGGAAAUCAACGGCGGGGUGGUUACCGAUCAUUUGCACGAGGCUUUAGUCCGUAAGGGAAUCCGGACCUUCAUUGAUGGAGAGCUUGUAAGAGGAGAAGAAAUAUCGCCAGCCCUUGUCAAAGCAAUUGAAGAAUCAAGAAUUUCUCUCAUUGUAUUCUCUGAAAACUAUGCAUCUUCGAGGUGGUGCUUGGAUGAACUUGUCAAGAUCCUUCAAUGUAAACAAUCAAACCAACAAAUAGUUUUGCCCAUUUUUUACAAGGUGGAUCCGUCGGAUGUGGGAAACCAAACAAAUAGAUUUGGAGAUGCAUUUAAAGGCCUUAUUGAAAGGAAAUUCAAGAAUGACAAGGAGAAAGUGCUCAUAUGGAGGAAAGCUCUUAAAAAAGCAGCAAAAUUGUCCGGUUAUCCUCUCAAGGAUGGAGAGUAUGAAGCUACAUUUAUCAACAACAUCGUUGAUGAAAUCUUAAGCAAAGUACUGGGCCGCACAUAUUUGAAUGUGGCCAAGUACCCAGUUGGAAUUCGGUCUCAUGUACAAGAUGUGAAAAAGCUUUUAGAUGUUGGUGGGAAUGGUCGUCGCAUGGUUGGGAUAUGGGGGACAUCUGGAAUAGGGAAGACAACAAUUGCAAAAGCUAUAUGGAAUGAAAUUGCCCAUAAGUUUGAAGGAAGUUGUUUCUUGCCAAAUGUUAGAGAAGGAAGCUUAGUCCAGCUCCAGGAGACUCUUCUUGAUAAGCUUCUAGGCAAAAAUUUGAAAAUUGGCAAUGUUGAUGAAGGAAUCGGUGUUAUAACAGAACGGCUGGGGCAUAAAAAGAUUCUAUUAAUUCUUGACGAUGUGGACCAAUUGGAGCAGUUAGAAAACUUGGCUGGAGAUGGUUGGUUUGGUGAGGGUAGUAGAGUCAUCAUAACUACAAAAGAUAGGGGAUUGCUAGACAACCGUGAAAUUGAGUUGAUAUACAAGGUGAAGAAGUUAUAUUACAACCAAGCUCUUGAGCUUUUGAGUUGGCAUGCAUUUGGAAGAAGUGAACCUCCAGAAGAUUAUUUGGAACUCGCACAACGUGCAAUAGCUUUUGCUGAUGGCCUUCCACUAGCCCUAGCAAUUUUAGGUUCUCAUCUUCGUAAUAGAGGAAUACGACGUUGGCAAGUUAUAUUAGAUGAUUACAAAGGAGAACCUUAUACACAUAUUGAAAGAAUACUUCAAAAAAGUUAUGAUGCCUUGGAUGUUCACGCAAAAGAAGUUUUUCUCGACAUUGCAUGUUUCUUCAAGGGUGAAAAGAAGAACUAUGUGCUACAAAUAGUCCCCCAAAAUUGCAUUGAGGUACUCCUUGAUAAGGCAAUGAUAACUAUUGACUAUUGGGACAAUAGGAUUUUAAUGCACGACUUGCUAGCAAACUUGGGCAAGGAUAUAGUUCACAAAGAAUCCCCCAAUGAUCCUGGCAAGCGUAGUAGAUUGUGGUUUUACAAGGAUGUCAAGCUAGUUCUAACGGAAAAUACAGGAACAAGAAAUAUUAAAGGCAUCAUGGUGAAGCUUCCAGAACCAGCUGAGAUAACCUUGAAUCCAGAAUGCUUCCGUAAUAUGUUACAAUCUUUGCCACCCAAUUUUCUUGGAGAGCGUCUUGUUGUGUUCAAUAUGCCUCGCAGUCGUAUCAGACAAUUGGAGGGAUUUAAGCAUUUGCCAAACCUGACAUCUUUGAAUAUGAGGGGUUGUCAAUUCUUAGAAAAAAUCCCAGACUUAUCCGGAAUCCCAAACAUAGAGUACUUGAUUCUAAGUGACUGUACACGUUUGGUUCAGAUUGAUGAUUCUAUUGGACUCCUUGAUAAACUUGUUGUAUUAUGUCUCGAUGGAUGCGUUAAGCUUACGAGGUUUGGAACAAGACUUAGAUUGAAAUCUCUUAGAGAACUUGAUCUUUCAAAUUGCAAAAGGCUUGAGAGUUUCCCAGAAAUAGAAGUCGAGAUGGAAUCACUACGGAGAUUGGAUAUGCAAGAAAGUGGCAUAAGAGAAUUGCCUCUAUCAAUUUCAUAUCUUACUGGACUUGAAGUUUUGAAUCUUCGUGGGUGCUUCAAUCUUACUGGACUUGAAUUACGGCUGCUUUAUUGCUCGUCCACAGUACUAGUAGUUCAUCUAGCUGGAAUCAAUUUUUUCACGCUUCCGGGAAAAUUUGUGAGCUUGCACGUGCUUUACUUGAGUGAUUGCAGGGGUCUUCUAGAAAUUUCACAAAAACUGCUUUCACCAAGAGUAAGUAUUGUAAACCUGGAUAACUGCACAUCAUUGGAGAAAAUUCCAAAACUGCCACUAUCAUCGGUGGUUGAGGAUAGGGAACUGAGUUUGACCAAUUGCGCUAGACUACAUGGCUAUGACAUCACAGAAAAUAUGUUUCUGGAUCAGGUAUCUUCUCAUCCGCAAUCUGAAUUUUCAAUUACUCUUCCAGGCGAUGAAGUACCAAAGUGGUUCAGCUGUUGUAAAGAUGCAACACUAGUUCAAGACGAAUUUAUUUCAGCUCGAUGUGAAGUUUGUUUUGAAAUUCCUCCAAAUUUAGAUUGGGAGACGUUAAGAUUGGUUCUAUGUGUUGUUAUUAAAGGAAACUCAGACGUUAAGAAAGGAAAGUUAUUUGGUGAUAGAAAAAUGGUCCAACUUGACGCAUAUGUUCAUAUUGAUAGAAAAAUGGUCCAAUUGACGGGUAUGUUCCCAAAGGAAACUCAUGUGGCUUUUGAGUGUAUUCCAUUAUUGAAUCUGAGCAAGGUACGAACUCAUGAGCAUCACUCUAUUCCAUUACGUGUGGGGGAAGAACUGACGCAGUUGCAGCAGGGUAAUAUGUGUCAAAUUAUAUUUGAGUUCUAUGGGAUGCCCACACCCGUUAAAAUCCUCUGCGGGGUCCACCUAUUAGGCCACCAAGUUGCUGAUGUCACAGUUGAUAGUGGGCAAAGGCAGUGGUUGUUGCCUGAUGCGAUGGCAGUGGACGAUGAUAUUCAUGAUGAUCAACACCAAGACUACGAAUUGCUUUCCUUGCCUUCAGCAUCAGAGACUAGUCUUGGCAAGAGGCCUCGAUUAUCAGAUUUCAUGGCACUUGAUGAUGAUCAUCGUGCUAACGUCGUCGACGUUGGUGAUCAUGAAGCUCAAAGAGGAGAGGCGGAUCACCCAAAGAGGAGGCACACUGAUCUUAACGAGGAGCCAAAGCAAUGAAGUUCCAAAGUAGUUUAUGUAAGCCCUAGGUUCAGCUGUCGAUACGAACCAAAUUUCCAGGCAAUGGUCUGGUAAUCAAGAGGUGUGUUGAGGAGCCAGCAGUUUCUGAGAUUCCAUUCUAAGUUGCAUAAGGCAAUACCUUUCUUCUCAAUUGAUGCAUCCAGCAUUUAUCCGCAGAUGAACAAAACUGGUUGCAAGCUGGAUUUAUCUAAUGCUUUCAUUCCACACAUGUACUUUGUCUAUUGAAUUCAUAAUUUCCAAUCAAGUUAAAUCAGACAUUAACUGUAAACAUGCAUCCAAAUAUGCCCAACUUAUUUUUGUUGAAAGAUUGUCUCAUUGUACUAGUGAUGUUGCUGGUAUUUUUGUUCAAGAUUUUUUGAUAAUCCUGCAACAAGGA